AUAUAUGUGUAUUUAGACAACGAAAUGUGCUGGCAUACAAAGUUUGACAACAGUAUGGCUUUGAACACGAAACCGUUAACAACGACAGUGCGCCUAAGGAAUUAAAAAAGACAAAAGACCAAAGCCACAUCGACACAUGACACACAUAUGAAAACAGGAAAUACACACACCCAUGUAAAUAUCAAGCAGGCGAAUGAACUAACUCGCGUUUAACAAUAGUAAACAAAACAAAAUCGCAGAGUUCGAGUGAAGGAAAUACAACAUUUUCGCACAUAUGCAAAGUGGCAAGCAUAACACAAAAUAGUAACAUUUACCGUUGCUGUAUGGGUGCCUGUAUGUGUACAUGUGGUUGAAGGCAACGCGUACGACGAGUACAUUGUGCUGAACUCAACGCUACUCCAGUUUUGUGCUGUGCAGUUCACGAUCAGCUCAACUAUGGUAGCAUCGGCCGAUCCACAAAAUAUUCUGAAGAAACUACAAAAGUACAAACAUUUAAAUGGUACGAAUUUGUUGAAACCUCUCCGCAAUAGAACGCCAGUUCCCACAUCGAAAUAUGACAGCAGCAAUCAGAAAGCAACAAUCGGCACGAGUUUACAACUCGUUCGAGAGAACAAUGAUAUCGAGCCCACAGCAAUACCGAAUGCGACCGACUUAGCCGAGCAGCGCGUUAAUAUCACAAAUAAUUUUUUAGAUUUACUGCUAAAUCCCGAAUAUGUUGAGCAAUUCACCGAAAUGAAUAACGAUCUAUUGCACGCCUCAAAUGAGACGGCGACCAAUGACGUGAACAUGUCGGUAUCGCCACUCAAUGCAAACAUCAUCAUGUCACCUGCCGCGCUUACAACUCUUUACACAAAAAACGAAACAGUCUUACAACAAAAUGCACCGCCCAGCAAUCUGGUAAUGGAUACAUUGUUGGGUUCGGUUAUGACGACCGCCACCGCCACGGUGACGGGUUCGCCGAAUGCGUUUAGAACUGAAGACCUGCAGGUCGAUCGUUUGCCAGCAGAUGUGCAGAGUGGUGCAACUUUAACGAGCUUUUAUGCCAAUUUGUUGGCAGAUAUAUCACCAUCCUCCACUUUCACCGCCGCCGUCGAAACAAUGUCGACGCCAACAGUAUUGCUGCCGACUGCUGAUAAUGAUACGGUCUAUUGGGAGCAUGGCGCGACCGACUUCGAUGUGCUCUACCGCCACUCGCUGACAAUGACAAUUGUCUAUUGCUUUGCCUAUAUUAUUGUGUUUCUGGUUGGCUUGGUUGGCAAUAGCUUUGUGAUUGCUGUUGUAUUGCGGGCGCCACGAAUGCGUACGGUCACCAAUUAUUUUAUUGUCAACUUGGCGAUUGCUGAUAUAUUGGUGAUUGUGUUUUGUUUGCCCGCCACGUUGAUGAGCAACAUUUUUGUGCCCUGGAUGCUGGGCUGGCUGAUGUGCAAGACAGUGCCAUACAUACAGGGCGUAUCUGUGGCAGCAUCCGUCUACAGUCUAAUUGCCGUAUCACUGGAUAGAUUCAUUGCAAUCUGGUGGCCACUUAAGCAGAUGACAAAGAGUCGCGCACGCUUCAUGAUAUUAUGCAUCUGGCUGAUUGCCUUGAGUUCGACAAUACCCUGGCUUUUAUACUUUGAUCUCGUGCCGGCCGCUGACUCGUUUCCGGCAGCGCCGAACCUCUACCUCUGUCAGGAGGUGUGGCCACCCGGCUCAAAUGGCAAUUUAUAUUUCCUCCUAGCCCAUUUAGUGGCCUGCUAUCUACUGCCAAUGUCUUUGAUAACACUAUGCUAUGUGUUGAUUUGGAUAAAGGUGUCGACGCGUUCGAUUCCCGGCGACUCAAAGGAUGCACAAAUGGAUCGCAUGCAACAGAAGUCGAAGGUGAAGGUGAUCAAAAUGCUUGUAGCAGUUGUUAUACUGUUCGUAUUGUCUUGGCUGCCACUCUAUGUGAUUUUCGCCCGUAUUAAAUUUGGUGGAGAACUUUCAAACGAAGAAAGCGAAGUACUCUACAAGGUGACACCCUUCGCGCAGUGGCUGGGUUCUUCCAAUUCUUGCAUCAACCCCAUUUUAUAUGCAUUUUUCAACAAAAAAUAUCGACGUGGCUUCGCCGCUAUUAUACAAUCCCGGUCAUGCUGUGCCCGCAUAAGAUAUUAUGACAACGUCGCCAUUGCCUCGUCCACCACCAGCACACGCAAGUCCUCGCAUUAUCACCAAAAUAGCUCACGAAAGAGUCCCAGCAGCCCUGGCUUGCGUAAAACGAACGCUGUCUCCUAUAUUUAUGAGCAUCAAUCGUUGCGUCGUCAUCAUCACAACGCCAUGUUGAAGCAGGAUAGCAAUCUGUCACAGCAAAUGUUACUGAAGCAAGACUCACAUGGCUCGAGACAGUUUUUGAUCAAGCAAGAGAGCGCCUCUAGCGAUGGAUCACGUCGCAUGCUCUGCCAGCAGGAUAGUAAUGGUUCGAAAGUGUCACUAACCAAACAGGAUUCGAUUAUUUCAUAUAUGGAUGCUAGACGCAAUGGUUUGGAUAAAUGCCAGGACUCCUGCUCUACGCAAGACAACAUGUCAAUUGAUUCACGGCGUGGAACAAGCUUUAAGUUGGAUACACCACACAAUUAUGGUUCGCCCAGCACCAGCGCCGCCAUGUUGGAAUAUAAAAGGCAAAAGUUUGUCAAACAAGACUCAGUGAUCUCAUUUGUGGAUCAAAGGCCUGAACCCAGACGCCAUCAGCUGGUAAAGCAGGAUUCUGUUAUUUCUUUCGCCGAUCAACGCCGCGGUGUUCUCAACAAACAGGACUCCAUAAUUGCGUGUCACACUCGCACGGGUGACGGCACUGGACAUCAUGUCUCGAUCUUAAAGAAAACCGAGGCAUCACUCGGCGGUGCGCUCGCAUCGCCUCGACGGAAUAUAGAAAUUUUUGAGUAAUUCUUUUGGAGAAAUUACAACAAAAAUCUAAAUAAAUAAAUACUAUAAAUUGCAUUGCAAAGGAAAAUUAGUCAACAACAAUAACAACAAAUCUAGUAUAAUAGCAGAUAAUUGAAAGAUUAACAACGUAGCCAUUUCAUAAAUGAUUAUUCAUAUUAACAUUGCUAUAUAUUAUAUUAUGUGGAAAAUAAUAAUAACAACACCAACAAAACACUACGAUUUAUACUAAAAAUUUCAUAAAGCCACAUACUUACAAACAAAAAGAAAAAACAAAACAAAAACAAAGCGCGACACACACACACACACAUAAAAGUGUACUAUUGAGCGUUGUAACUUACAUACAUAUCCUAAACGUAGUGUGUUAGUGUAACGGGAAGCAAAUGCAUACAAAGUGAAAAGCAAAUAGUAAUCGGGACGCACAUUUCUUAUAUGUAUGUAUAUGUACUAUCUAUGUUACGAUUGUAUGUAUUAUACUCGUAGGUGUUUAAGUCAGUGUUAAGAGCAGGUGAAUACAAAAAUACACACAGACAUGUUUACAGAUGUAUUGGUGUAUUGAAUGUUUGUAUGUCAGUGCGCAAGUGCUAUAGUUAAGUCUAGCUUAGUUAGAGGUGCGUAUAAUCUUAAGUACAGUUUUUAAUUGUGGGCGGGCAACAAUGAUGAUUAUGAUAAUGAUGAUGACGUUGAAGAAAACGGCGAUGAUUAUGAUUAAUAUAAUGAUAAUUAUGGUAAAGAUUAUGAACUUAAUGAUCAUCAUAAUGAUGAUUAAGAUUGUGACGAAUAAAAUGAUGAAGAUCGAUAAUGAUUGUGACGAAUAUAAUGAUGAAAAUUGAUGAUGAUAAUGAUGACGAGGAUAAUGAUGAUGAUGAUUUUAGUGAUUAUAAUGACGAUUAUAAUAUUGGUGAUGAUGAUUUUGAUGAUAAUGAUUAUAAGUAAUGUUGGGUGAUAUGCAUUUUGUACGAGUUUCAUAUGAUAGUUUCGGAUAUACAAACACACACACACAGUUUUAAUGAUUGUUAUACUGUAUACAUAAAUACAUGCAGACUUACGGCAAUGAAAUGUUUGAUAAUGAAAUAUGCGAUUUGAAAUUUGUAUUUUUAUGAGUAUUGAACGGUUUUCGGAAUACAACAACAGAAAUAAAAGCAAAUAUGUGAGAAAGGAAAAAAGAAUACAUACAUACGCACGCAGCCAUACAUAUAUGGUAUAUAUAUGUAUAUACGUACAUACAAACAUACUAAGUACUUGCAAAGCAGAGCAGAAGUAUCUCAACUGUCCAAUAUAUGUAUGUACUAUAUGUACAAUUUAAAACACACCGAGUUCUAAAUGCAAUGUACCUACUAACAGCAACAUUUAUGAUUAAGAACAACAUUCUUACGAUUUAUAUAUUUAUAUUGAACGUUGAUUUUGUAAAGAGCAAUAAUUUUAGCCAACAAUUUCAUACAUACUUACUUACAAACAAGCAUCAAAUAUUUACAUAAAUGCUAGCAUACAUACAUACACACAUACAUAUGUGUGUAAGUAUGUAUGUAAAUAAGUUGUUCUGCUUAUUAUUUUUUGACAUUUCGGCAUUUUAGAAAAAUUAUUGAUCACAAUAAUGAAAAAAAUAUAUAUGUAUAUAUACAAUAUUGUUAAAUUAACAUAAAAUAUGUAUUUAUUAUAUUAACUAUCAAUAUAGUUACAUGCGUAUAAUGUUAAAAUUAGACACACUUGACCGUCUCGCUGGCAGUGUGACUUAUAUAGACUCCAGCAAACACAAGUAAGGCGCCUAGAAUUGUUUUGUUAACAACUUUUAGUACAUAUGUACAUAAAUAUUAUAUAGUUACAUAUAUACACGUAUGUGUAUAUACUUAUAUAUUAUAUGAGUGGAUUAAAUUCACAGCAUCAUGCACAGUUAUAGAUAAAUAAUUUUAGGAAAUUGUUUGGAUUCGCUUUAAGGCGUUAUAUCCACUUGUAAGUUUUUUCAUUUUUCUUUUGAAGAGGCAUUUUAUUUAAAAAAUUAAUAAAAGUAGUGUACAUUUACAGAAUUUAAUAAUUUUGGAUUCCCUUGAUCACGUAGCCGAUCCCCAGUCGGGCCUCUAGUUCUUUUAAAAAAAUUUCUUACAAAUACGCUCAUACAUCUCCGAAACUAUUUACAGGAUCGACUUCAAAUGUUCGGAGAAUAUUGUCAAAUAUACAUACAUAUGUACUUUCAAUAUACGUAUAUGGAUUUUUUUUUUUAAAUUAACAAGUGGAUAUAACCUAUUUAAUCUCAGUUUACACUCAACGAACAAUACAACAAAAAGUUCAAAGCAAAAACCAAAUAAGCAACAAAAGAAAUUGAGGUUAUAUAAAUAUUUUGUUAUUCAAUCACGUUAUUAAUGCGCUAAUCAAAUUAGUUCACAUGCUUGUAAAUUUUAUAGAUUAUAUUAUUUAUAUUUAAUAUAAAUAAUAAUGUAUUGUAAUAAUAGUUAUCAGCCAAAAUUAUCUAUUUUCGAUUUGAAUCGCAUUUAGGGAAAGCCAGGAUAGCGCGCUAUGUCGCAUAAAUAAAUUAUAUAAUUGAAUACACAUACAUAUAUGUAUAUACAUGUUAAUGCACCCUGUAGGAAAAAUGGCUUUAAGUGUAUUUUAAAAGUUUACAGAUUCAUCAUACUAUAAAAGAUUGAUUGAGUAAAAUAUCUUUAUUAAAAGCAAUGAUACAUUAAAGUAUGAUAUUCGUAGAAUGUUCUACGAAGUUUUCAUUUCGAAAAAAUAUUAUACGGGAACGGAGUAAAAUAUUUUAUGAAAUUAUAUAUUUUCCAUGAACCAAGAGAUUGAAUCCGCGCUCAUAAAAUGUUUGACCUUUGCAGGCAAAAAAAACUGGUUCAAGUGGUUUUUGAGGCACUGAUUUGAGGUGAAGGUUUUCCCGGGCAAACAAUUUUUCGGAGAUCAAAAUAAGUAAAGGACCGAGCUAGUAAAGCUACGAGAUUAUGGUGGGCACAUUCCAUUCAAGCCGCAAGGCAUCCCAUUCAAGCUGUUAGGCAAGUCAUCUAACUUGUACAUUGUUUCGUAUUAUCCUUAUGGAACACCACACCUUUUCUAUUGAUCCAUUCUGGUCUACUCUGUCAGAGUGUAUCACUCAAUUUAUCCAGCUUAUCGCAUUGUACUUCAGAAUUAUUCGUAGUAUUAUCGGGAAUAAGCUUAAAAUAAAGCAUCUUCUUGAAGUAGCACCAAAUAGACAACAUAACCUUUUCUUGGUGACUAUCGCCCUUCGAAGUGGUUUAAUGGUUUGAGUGGUUAGACCAUGAUCUUUUGCACUUUUCAUUCUUAUAAAUAACCCACUUUUCGUCGCCAGUAAGCAAAUCUCAGUCGUUAAAGUGUCGCAAUAAAUCUCGCUCCAUAAGAACAUGAGGAACCACAUGUCAAGCUUCGAAAUUAAUUCUAGUCGUUUUUCUGAAGUUGUUAUUCGACAAUUUGCAUCUAUCAACGACUAUACUUAUAUUAUUCACAUCGCCUUCAAGCGUCCUUCCAAGAUAUGGUGCAUCGUCAAGAUUGAAAUUGCCGGAAUUCGUCGUGAUUGGACUGGAUUUUUUACCUGUUUGAUAGUAAAACAGUAAAAUUCGCAAAUGCUGUUUUUAAUCUUCCUUUAACAUAACUUACUUCAUCAGCUGUUGUCAUUAAACGAAAUUACUUAAUGAUCAAAUCUUGAAAAUGAUCGGCCUUGUAGUUUUGAAGUUAUGAGGAACACCAACUUUGAAAACGUGAGUUGUGCAGCAGGAAAACGCUUUAAAGUGAAAAUCUGGUGGAAACCAUUCAUAAGAACAGUAAACAAAAUAUUUUUACUUCGUCAUUUUUGUCCCAACGACUUGAAAUUUUGACACAAUAUUCUUGAAAUUAUUCAUUCAAUUAAGGAGAGGUAAUCAGAAAAAUAGAUAAAGCUUCAGUAUCAGAUAGAAGAAACAGAAUCACAAAUAUGAUCUUAAGUGUAGAAGAAUAAUGGAACAAAGAGCAAAACCAAAUGAAGCAUGACAUGGAUAUAUUGAAAAAAAAAGUGAUUAACUCGCACUUCUUCCAUUUUAGAAAAUAAAAAAUGGUAAAAUCUUUGCAACAAUAACAACAAAGAUAUGUGAGACUAUUGGCAUAAACUUGCUAUGGAGAAAUUAAGCAGUGAUGGUCUAUAAUAUUUAAGAGAUAAUUUACUAUUUAAUGCAACCCAACCUGAUUUACGAUAUUCUAAUUUUGCCUGCAGGGUGCAAAAGCAUCUAUAUGAGUACAAUAACCUAUGUGUAAAAAUAACGCUUGAAAAAAGAAAAUUAACUAUUAUAUAUGCUUAACAAAUAAAUAGUGAAGCUUGGAUAAAUUUGGUCACACAUUUGGAUAAAAUAUCAUGGAAAAAACUAUAUUUUUGAAAUGUCAUGAUUUAUCCUACUUUUCCAACAAGUUUGCUAUAUAAAACGGUUAAACUUUGAUACCAUUGCCUAACGUAUCGGAAGGUUUGAACUACAAAUUCAAUUUAUUACUACUACAGAAUGAGCGCAUCCGUUACUUUACUAUGUUUAUUAUGUAGCUGAUGCUAAAAGCUCGAUAAGUCAUUAAUUAGGGCUCCUGCUCCGAAGAUAUACCAUGUUUUGUGAGCUUAAGUUUGCUUGUGCGCAUAUCGACAUACAUACAUACAUACCAUAUACCAUAAGUAUAUACAAUAUACAUAUAUGUAUGUAAACAUUCCCCAAAUGAGUGAUCUAAUUUACUCAAGCGCACUCUUCUAUUAUUAUAAGCUAUUUAGAUACAUAUGUAUGAUUAUCAAAUGCAGCAAACGCAAUCGUCGUUGUCAUUUGGCACAAAAUAAAAUAGAAUAAUCGACAAAAUGGUUCAAAGAUUUAUAAAAGUUACUUAACUACCUUUUUAUAAACACUUACAGAUACGGAAUAUGUAUAACUGCAUUCAUGGAACAAGGAGCGAAGUAAAUACUAAAAGAAUACAAAUACUUGAAAUAAAUACCAAAGAUUUAUUAGAGCAUAGAUAGUAAGUACAUAGAGACAUUAACUAAUAGAGGUAAUCGAAAAAAAUACACACACACAAAAAAGUCAGAGAAUAACAUCAGAAGAAAUACUCCAAAUAUACUAAAGACAACAAACACUUCAUAUACACAUUUAUAUAGGUAAAUAGCAAAGUACAUACAUACAUACAUACAUACAUACGUAUGAAUGUGAAAAGAAUUUGUACUUAGCCGCUUUUGUAUGUUCAUAUUCAAUACUAAAAGUAUUAACUAUUAACUGUCAAAAAAUAUACUAAAUACAUAGAUUAUAUACAUAUACAAACAAAAGAAAUUAAAUUAAUUGAACUAGGAACAGUCACAGAAUUAAAUAAAAAUA